UUAUAACGAGAAUGAGUGACCAUUUCACUGACACCAAGGAUAAAAUAGUUGUCUGCACUUUCGAACUAAAAGUUUUGAACCAAAAUAUUCAGAUGCUGAAGUGACUAGUAAGUUCCUACGUCACAAUCACGAAGCUCGUAUAGUAAAAAAAGAUAGCGCUAGAGAUCACUGUUUGAGGACGAAUAUCUACGCGUAUACUGGACCAAUUUUAAUAAGCAAAGUAUUUUGGGAAUCAAUAAAACGGUCGCUUUUUGAAUUUACCACAAAAUAACAGUAACAUGGGGUCUGUUUACGCACUUAAAGUAAAAUCGCUUGAAAUUCGAACCUUGUAGUAUUAGUAUGCAUAAACAGUCUUGACGCGAAGUACGACGGAAAUGAAGGUCUUGGGAAUUGGUUGUAUUUUGUUCGUUGCAUUUAUGUGCGUUGUCACUGAGGCAAGAUUUCGUUUUAGAAGGAGAAAGAAUGCUCCGGCGGCAGUGCAUUGCGCGGUUUCAAGUUGGAGCGCCUGGUCAGCUUGUUCGGUUAGUUGCGCUGGCGGUGAGAGGUCAAGGUCAAGGAGGAUAAUAAGACACCCCGCACAUGGUGGAAAUGGAUGUCCAGGUCUCCACCAGAAAGGCAAGUGCAGCCAACAUAGAUGUCCCAUUAACUGUGAGUGGGGGGAAUGGGGAGCUUGGUCAAGCUGUUCGCCCUGCCCACCUGGAGGGAGAAGUCGCAGUCGCAACAUUACAACAGCAUCCAUGUUUGGUGGACAAGCUUGUAUAGGAGGAGAGUUUAAUUCAGAUUACAAUUGCCUCAGCGAGGAAGAUUGCCCGCUGUUUCAAUGUCCUGAUGAAACGUUUGCAUGCGCAGAUGAACUAACCUGUAUACGGCCCAACCUGCGUUGCAACGGAGACGACGAUUGCACAGAUAACUCGGACGAAGAAAACUGUGGAGAAAACGUCAGGUCGCCAUGCGGUGGAAAAAGCUAUAAAGAAAUACCAACUAUCGAUAUAGCUGGCGCUGGAUACGACAUAACGAUUGGUGAAGAGAUUGGGACAAUAUUGGACAACCAGCGAUACAACGGUCGUUGUUACACUGUGAGGAGUGGUGAACAUGAUAAGAAGUUUAGAGUUCCUGCCAAUAUUCAAACGUUUCGGUUCCAAGUUAGUGCAGAUACCUCAUUCGUGAUUACGUCAUACGACAGCUCAAAAGAAUUCUUGGAUUCUCAGCAGGGUGACGUUACGCGUAAACUUGAACCCAAGUCUUCAUUCACUUACGGAGAUAUAUACAGUGUUAGUGGUGGAGCAACAAAUACAAAAAAUCAGAAAACGCUUCGUGUUGUUCGACAGGGGGCAUCGAGCGAUGCAAAGUAUUUUAAAAUCCACAGCAAUAUUGUGUUGUCGCAGUUCAGAACUCUUCGACGAAACUUCCUUCUUUCGUAUCAAUUCCGCCAACGAUUACUCGAGCUACCAGACGGAUACGAUCAUAUCAAGUAUGCUGAAGUACUGGCAGAUUUUGGGACCCAUUUCUAUUCUUCUGGAACGUUGGGAGCAAGAUAUGAAUUUAUUUAUCGAUAUUCUAAAAAAGAGUUGGAAGAAUCAGGUUUAACACACGAAGAACAAAAGAAUUGUCUAAAAACUGAGGCGACUUUCCGUCUAUUGAAGUUUACGUUUGGCGGUGACACCAAUAAGUGCUCAACAAAUGUAAUGUCGCGAAGAUACAACGGUAGCUUCACUCUGGCGGCAAAAGAAGUUAUUUCAAACGUAGUAGGCGGGUAUUCAGAUAAAGCAGCUUCACUUGCUUUCUUUGCGAAUAAUGUUCCAAACAGUAACGAUUAUGACGCAUGGGUGGAAACAAUCAAACACAAUCCUGCUGUCAUAGAUUUUUCUUUAAGCCCUAUUUCAUCCGUUGUUUCGGACCAAGUGAAACGGCAGAACUUGGAACGUGCCUUGUUUGACUAUUUGUCCAAGUACACGCCAUCCAAAUGUAAAGGAGUAUGCGCAAAUGGUGGUCGAGCUGUGGUAGUGGACGGUGGGAUGACUUGCAAGUGUUUGUGUUCUGCUGGCCAUGGUGGUAGUUCAUGCGAGAGAUGAAAGAAUUGUCAUCUUACUUUUUGACAAUGAAUACACAAUGGCUCAAAAACUUAUGAUUUGUUAAAGUGUAAUCCAUUUAAAUAUUCCUAAAUGAUAUUGCGGUUUCUGGUAGCCAACUUCAAGAGACCAACCUACUACAGGUGGCAACAAACGACACCCUAUAAUAAGGUUGUAUAUACGCCACUAUUACUCUAUAACCUCUUACCGAUAUAAAUUACUCGAAUACCGGCUGUAGGCCUACUGUGAUAUGUACGCACUGAUUCUUUCAUUUGAUAUACCAAAGCCAUUGCUUUUUGCGUUUUCAUAUUUCUGCUUCUAUAGCUUUGUACAAUAUAUUGCAACUCUGACUACAAUAACCGAUACAUUACACAAUGUUGAACCAUAUGAUUAUAUAGGACAGCAAUUAAAACAAACUACAGAUUUA